GCAAAACGCGUACCAAGGAUAAGUACCGCGUGGUGUACUCGGACUAUCAGCGGCUGGAGCUGGAGAAGGAGUUCCAGGCGAACCGAUUCAUCACCAUCAGGCGCAAGUCCGAGCUCGCAUCGCACCUGGGCCUCUCCGAGAGACAGGUGAAGAUCUGGUUCCAGAACCGACGAGCGAAGGAACGGAAAGUGAAUAAGAAGAUGCAGCAGCAGCAGCAGCAGCAGCAACAACAACAGCAGCAGCAGCAACCGCGCGUAUCGUCAGCCUCCCCAGAGAUCUCGUCGGGCAUGCCGACUCAUAGCAGCGGCGCAAACGUCGUGAGCAGCAGCAGCCUCAUCUCGGGAGGGGUUUCCCUGCAGUGAGAGCCAUCGGGGGGCAACCCACACGCAACGUCGGCCCGCCAACGUUGGCGCGACGUUGGCCCGCCAACGUUGGCGCGACGCUGGUCCACACCCGUUAGGUGCGCGUGGGGUGUACAUUGCGGUCCGCGUGUGAACGUGUGAGUGGCGUCUACGUCGUGCGUUUUGUGAUAUAUUAAAAAUAGUAAUGUAUAAGUUGGGCGGCAAUGCGUCUGUGUGUGUGUGUCAAAUCAAGAUUGUCUUUGUUGCUGUUGCUGUUGUUUCGUGCGCGUGGUUAGUCGAUCUUAAACCACCUGGGGGGGGGGGGUUGUGUUUCCCGUGAUCUCCUACCAGUACCUAGCCUGGCACCGGAGCUGCGGGUGACGUUGCCGUUGCUUGCAAGUCGGUUGUUGUUGUUGUUGAUGUUGUUGAUGUUGUUGUUAGAGCUGCGUGCGCGUUUGUGCGCGUGGUGGUGGGGGGGGGGGAGAGCGGUUACCGCGUUGCGCUACGAACCCGGCCACCCGAGUUGGUCUUGGAUCUCCCCUAGGUCGACUCAGCCUCAAAUGUGUAUCUGGUGCGGUGUGGUGAGCAUCGACAGUGGGGAGACAAAGGCGGCUGAGCGUGGAGCUGGCCACCCCACCCGCUCGUGUACCGUGCCAGCCUUCGUAGGUGCUACUCGCUAACAGCACUUGCCCCUACAGUCAACGGGGGAUCUUUGUCUUUGGAAUCGUGUGUACGCGGGCAUGUCCACGUGUGUAAAUGUCUAUGCUGGUGGUGGUGUAUGCUUGCUUGCUAUGUAUUUGUCAGUGUGCAUAUGUGUGUGCCGGGUGGCUAAAGCACAGCAAGUUUACACAGUAGGGGGGCACAGGUGGUGCAUCAGCCAGUCAUCUCGGUCUUCUCAGUCAGUCGAUCCGUGGCACCUGCUGGGUCUGCCCCGUGACCUCCUGCCAGCGGGUGUUCGACACUUCACGUGGCCUCAAGGUGCACAUGGCCUGGCACGAGCGUCGUGGUGACGUCACCGCCACUUAGUGGCGAAUGGCGGUUGUUGUUGUUGUUGUGUUGAAUCCCCCCCUUAACAUCGUACACAGAUGUGAAGCUUUCGUGACUGCAGGAAUGAAUCGAUCACGACGUUUCGAUGGCCACACAAGACACCGUUUUCCCACCUGAAGAUGUUUGCUUGUGCGGCGAUCGAAACGUCCUGAUUUAUUAUUAUUUUUUCUACCUUACGUGACUUCACCGAAAUAACCAAAUAGCAUCGUACACAGAGGCAAGCGGUAUCAGAACUCGUCCCUGGGGCUCCUCUAGGUCGACUCGGCCUUAAAUUAAUACCUGCUGCUGCUGCUACGAGCUGGCAUAAACAUAAACACUGGGGAUACAAACUCGUCUGGUGUGUGUCUGGUGUGUGUCUCUGUGUGUGUGUCUCUGUGUGUGUCUGUGUGUGUGUCUCUGUGUGUGUGUGUCUGUGUGUGUGUAUCUGUGUGUGUAUCUGUGUGUGUGUGUCUGUGUGUGUGUGUGUCUGGUGUGUGUGUUAGUGUGUCUCUGUGUGUGUCUGGUGAGUGUGUCUCUGUGUGUGUGUCUCUGUGUGUGUGUCUCUGUGUGUGUCUGUGUGUGUACAGAGUGGGGAGCGGUAGUGUAGCGGUUAGCGCUACGCUGCGCUACGAACCCAACGACACGGGUUCGAUUCCCGCCCACGGCCAACACCGGUGACGAUUAUCUGAACUAGUCUUGGGCCUCCCCUAGGUCGACUCGGCCUCAAAUAAGUACCCGGUGCGAUGUAUAGUUAACAUCGCCACUGGGCACCCACCCCCUCAUGUGCCGUGCCGGCCUUCAUAGGUGCUACUCGCUAACAGCACUUGCCCCAACAGUCUGUCCAGGCUACACGAGGGGGGGUGAUCUUUGUCUUUGUGUGGCGAGGCUGGUGUGUCCAGGCAGGCGCUACUCUGCAUCUUCUACAUCAGCCAAGAGGAGAAGGAGACCGCGUGUCUUCAGAACCCCCCCCCAACUUCGCCCCUUAGCUUCGCGUGCUUCUGUACACUUUGAGUAGAUACAAAGACAAAGAUCCCCCGUGUAGCCUGUAACGGACUGUUGGGGCAAGUGCUGUUAGCGAAUAGCACCUAUGAAGGCCGGAAUGGUACACGAGGGGGUGGGUGGCCAGCACCACGCCCGACCGCCUUUGUGUAUUGUGUAACGUGUUUACUUGAUUAAUUAUGUGUUGUGUAACGUGUUGUCUGUAUUACUUGUGUAUUGUGUAACAUGUUAUCUUUAUCGAUUGUGUGUUAUUUA